CGUCAAGUUUCACUUCAGCGACAGAGCGACAGGGAUAUCAGAUCAGGGAAAGGAAAAACUGUUUCCGAGCUGCUGGGAGAUGGGGAACAGUCCCAGCAACAGCGAUGUAGAAGAGGAUCGAGAUUUUAAAGAGCUGGAUGAUGGCAACUCUGACAAUGAAGAUGGAGAUAAAGAUGGCUUUACUACAACAGAUUUGAGUGGACUGUUCAACCAUACAACUCUCAGGAAUUUCGCUGCAAAGAUAAAAGAGGAAAUUCCUGAAAAUGUCUUGCAACAAUACAGAUUCCAGAUUGUCAGAUGGCUGGAAGACAGAGAAAGUAAAAUGGAGGAGACUUUGACGAUUGCUCAUUUCUGUGAUUGGCUAAUGAACAAAGGUGUUUCUAGAGAUGAUGCUAUCAAGGCAUUCCAGCAAUUUGAUGUGGAUGGAAGUGGGGUUGUGGAAGUAGAUACCGUCCUAGAGACAGUCAAGUCAAUCAAUGGACCCAACAUUCUAGGCGAACUUGGGCGCAGCAUUCGCAUGCUCCAGGCUUGCUCGCUUGUCCCCGGAUUUGUUGAUGUAUAUUCUGGUGACAAGAAUGCUGUCAAACACCACUCUGAAAGGAUACUAAAGUACUUGCUGCGGAACAGAUCCCCCAGCCUGAGUCUACCAUUCCCCUACCUCAACGGGUUUAACAACACCACAAGCAUGAGGAACUCAGUGCUCAAGUCCACUUUCAAAAGUCUAAAAGAAUCAGCCCAGAUGGGUGGGCAGGCAUCACUGGGAACAGGAGAGGAAGUCCGCACCAUCAGUCCGUGUCACACCAGUAUAGAGGUGUCAUCCAACACAGCCGAUGUUUACAGAAUUACUAAUGGUGACCCCAACACAUUUUGGCAGUCAGAUGGAUCUGCACGCUCACACUGGAUGAGACUACACAUCAAACACAAUGUAGUGAUAAAGAGCUUGUCUAUAUCUGUGGCCUCGUCCGACUCCAGCUACAUGCCAGAGGUGGUGUCUAUCGCUGGAGGAAAAAGCUACCGAGGCCUACGACCAAUCAAAGAAGUACGAAUUCCCAGCCACAUAACAGGAGAAUUUCUUUUGUUGAAGAAUGCAAAGAUAUUUUACCCAAUCAUUCAGAUCAACAUAAAGAAGUGUAGAAAUGACGGCUGUGACACGAGGAUCCAUGGAAUCAAAACUGUCGGAUACAAGGUGAUCCGUGAGGCCAGUGUCAGUGUAGCUGAUGCCGCAGCUAUCUGGUAUCUACAAAUCCUAGCCACCACUGUAACCAUGACAAUGCCACUUGCCCCAAGUCUCCGACCAUCCAUUCUUGAUCACACACGAAAGGCACUGGGCCACAUUCCUCCAUUGUCCUUGUGCCCUGCCAGUGGAGAGAGACCACAGUUCCUCAGCAAGUUUGUCCUACAGGAAGUAGAAAAGUUUGUCACGGACAUUGCUCUACAUGAAGGUCAUGUGAUCCCUGAGGGUCUACAGAUGUUAUUAUCCUUCAACCUGGCACGAGGAAAUGUCGGUGGUCUCCUUCGUACCCUCAAACUUCUUGAAGAAAAUCCAGAUACAGUUCAACCUUGUACAAAGCUGCUUAACAAAAUGUUUCAAGCAAGAGAUUUAUGCUGGGAGAAAUCAGGACAUCCACUACAGGUGAGCCUGGCCGGUACAGAUGGUGGACAGACUGACGCCAACUCCUGUGCAGAAAAUGUUCUAAAUCAGGCCUGGAGUUCUCCCCCAGUACAAACCUCUUACCUAUCGGCUGAAGGUCACACCAAGGUCAAUAUGAUUUUUAAGUCCUCCGAAUUUAUACAGCUGACAAGACUCCGAAUCAAGGUUGUGAGUGGGAUGAAGGGAGCAAGACGUGGACUGGUGUUUGUGUACAGGGACAGCAAAGAAUUUGAGAUGGCCUCCCAGAUCGAUAGAUUCCAUAUGUAUGACAACUGGGGUAGGAUCGACUACGAAUUCUGUGUCCAAGUCAGGAAUGCCAGGAAAAUUGGUAAACCAGACAACCCUGUGGCGUACUUUACAUUUGAAGAUGACUGUGAUGAAGUGGAAAUACCUGUGUCAUGGCACCCAGUUGGUCAGUAUAUCUUGGUGAAGUUCCUGGAACCAAGGCAUGAGAGUGCAAACAAGAUUGGUGUGGUUGGAGUCAAGUUCUAUGGCUUUAUACGCAAGUCAGUUCUUGUGGAUGAUGAUGAAUCUAAGGUACGCCACGCCCCCAGCUUGGAGAGGGCUAGUACCAGCCUUGACAUCAUACAGUGUGUUUUGGAGUUCCUGGUAGAUCUCUCACAAGAUCAGGCAUCCAAGCGAGGAAUAUCUGCAGGUCGCCCGGAAUAUCUGGAGUUGACUGACACACCUCUGGACACUAUCUGGGAACUGUAUAACUCCUUCAGAGAAAGGCCCGGUGAGAAAUGGCAAACCUGUUCCCUGUUGACCCUACAGCUGUUGUACUGUCUCCUGCCUGCGCUGUCCUCACUGUCUGGCGAGAGGAAGGUUGCAGCUGAGGCUCUGUUCCAACAUUUGUGUAAAGUCAUUGACGGACCGGACAAAGACAAAAGUCCAAAACUCUCCAGACUUUGUCGUCAGCUCAUCAUCGAUGGUGCUGCGGUGUUCUUUCCUGACAAAGACACCAGAAGGAAGCAGUUAUUUUGUAUGAUGCAGAAUGUUGAGAGCCUGUCGGAGGCCCCAUCUGUGAUGCUGGUUUUCCAGUCCUUGUGUCAAUUCUUCAGCUCUGUUGACCCCAGUGGACUUCUUGACCUCCCCAAAACUCCUUCAGACGUGUUGACAUUCCACAUAGAGCCGGUUCUGGAGAUAAUGGAGACCAUGAUAAAUGUGACAUUCCAUGAGUUCUGUCUGAUGAUGGAGCGUGGUCACAGUCAUGAACAAGUGGUCCACCUGCUCCAGCUCGUGUCAUCACUCCAAACAUCUCUCCUCGCCUGGGCCUGGUCACAAAUGGCCCCUGACGAGAUUGACAGUGCCAAAGGGACUCCCAGUAACUUGGCCGACAUCAAGGGAGUCUGUUCUCAGGUCACCACUCAGUACUCUGGUUUUGUGGCAGACAGAGCUACUGAAGCGUGCAAACUGAUGCAGAAAAAGGAUGUAGAAAAAGUUAGUGAGCUGAUCAGUACUGCGGAGACGUCUCUACUGGGUACAGUGGUGAGACAGCUGGUGUUGACGCUGACAUACCUUUGUGAUUAUUGUGACUCGGAGUCACGAGUUGUUCUAAUACAGAAGUUCCAGCCUCUGUCUCAGGAGCUACAGAAACUGGCCACGCUACUCCCAACGCUCUUUCCUAAUAUCAGUAGUGAGCACUGGGAUACUGUACAGACAGAGGAUAUUGUGUUACGGACUUGGGAGGUGGAAUCCUCACACAGCUAUGAAAAUAAUCAACACCUCACACAGGUUUUCAGCUGUCCAGGUGCUGAUAAAUUUAUGGUCGAUUUUGAUACCAGGUGUGAAACAGAGAGACGGUAUGACUACUUAGUAUUUACUGACGCUAAAGGUCUACAAAUGAGGUUUGACCAGAAAGUAGGCACACCCAAAUGGCCACGUCAGAUAAACUUCAGUGGACCACACCUCCAUUUCCUGUUUCACUCCGACAGCAGUAACACAGAGUGGGGGUAUAAAUUUAAGGUGACAGCGAGGGGAAGCCCAGACAUUCCUCUAUCAUGGCCUUUUGACCUUCAACUCAGCCUCACAAAGAUGCUUGGUCGAAUGUGUGGCUGUACUCUCAACUCACAUCCAUAUUCAGACAAAGACCCUCUGAUGAAUGCAGAAGAGUCUGCAGAACAGGAUGUACUCCGAAGUGAGUUAUGGACCACCCUGUUUAGGGGAGGCUACAUGGUGGGCAAAAUACAGCGGUCCCUCUCAGGAAAAUUUGUAACUGAAGACAGUGGUGGCCAUGUUCUUGAGUUCCUAUGGAAGCUUGUCAACAGAGAGGAAGAUCUACCAAACAAAUUCCUGGAAAAGUGUAGGGAGAGCAGUAAGUGUCUCCAGGUGGGCGGGGACGCCGUGGAAUCUGCAGUGGUGGCCGUGUUUGCUGCGCUGGUGUGGCACACACAACAGUUGAGGGAAGACCUCAAUAAAUAUGUGGAAGCUAAUGGAGAGGCAAUGAUCAGUGAUGGCAUCAUCCAGGCCUAUAUAUCUGCCGAGACACUCCGGACACAGCUGCUAACAUUACGUCAGCGUGCUGUCACUAACAAUGAGAAAAAGCAUGAGGAUGCCGACGACCCAGGAACUUUGUGUAGGGACAAGGCUUUAUUCCUGCUCAAGUUUGCUGGUCUCACCAAGGUUCAGCUUAAAAAUGAGUUGAGGUCUAAAGUGACAAAACAAUGGAAGAAGCUCUCCAAUCGCAAGUCAGAAAAAAUGCUGAAAGGGCUUGAUGGCUCAGACAAGUACCCGUCAUUUAGACUGGUCCUGGAGUUUGUACAGGACCCUGCCUGGACCACGGAAAGAGUGAAUCGUAUCUUACAUGAACGUUCCCAGCAUGCCAAGGCAGUGUCAGACAUUUACACAUUUGUGGCCGAGUUCAUCAGGAUUCACCAGUGUACAGAAGCCAGCCACCCCUUCCAGAUCCCAGUGGUGUUAUUCCUACAGGAGGUACUUUCUUACCAAGACGGCUUCACCAAACACUAUGCAGAUAGUCUGGAUGGGUGUGGCCUACAACAGGAGGCGCGUGUCAGACAAGCUUAUUACCUGUUGGUACGCAGACUUACCGAACCUUUCCACAGAAUGCAUCGCCAUGACCUCAACAAGAAAAUUGCACCAGCAUAUGAAUAUGUACAGGCUUGUUUACUACAUCUGUUGGACAUGGAAUGGCAGCCCUAUGAUCUGAUGUUUGUCACUGAGGUCAAACUGCCAGCCCUCUUCCUGAGUGUUGCUAAAGAAACAGUGAAGAUGCGUGACUGUACACUAAGCCAGGAGGCAGAUGAGAAAGACAUUCGCUGUUAUGAGCAGUGUAUGUUGUGGUUUGAGGAGUGUGAGAGUGGCUUUGAUCGGUGGUACAACGGCAACAAAAUGGACCACGGUUCUCGAGAGGACAGGAAGGCUGUACAAAUGUUUGUUGCACGAUUUUGUGAUCUGUUGGAUGUUGAGGUUAGCUGUGAUGGCUGUUCUGUUACCCUCCCCGGCCGACGGUACCGCUGUCUACAGUGUGUGGACAUGGAUUUGUGUGCUACCUGUUACGCCGGGGGAGUAAAACCAGAGGGAGAUCACUCAGAUGAUCAUGACAUGGUCCAUCUGGUGUACAAAUGUAAUAAAUGUCAGGCGUUCAUUGUGGGAACCAGGAUCCACUGUAAUAUAUGUGAUGACUUUGACCUCUGUUUGGGCUGCCACUCAAAGGGCAAAUUUCCCUCCGAACAUACUCCUAGCCAUGACAUCACAAAGUUCCCUAUGAUCAAAUUGCGGCCAUCGCAGGACUCUGACUCCCUUAUCCAAGCAUACAUUCACCAACAUGUCUGGCUGUUGUUUACGGUGCUGGCCCUCUCUACGGGCGACAUCAUCCACGCUGACAGUCCUAGCAGUAUGGUAGACAGCGACUACGUCAAACUGGCCGCCAACCUUCAGCAAGAAUGUAUAGAUAUUGUUACCCACUGUCUACAGCAGGUCCCCGAUGAUGCUGAAGAUAGUACCAAGGAAGUGUUACAGGGAGGCCUGCUACGUCUGGAGACACGACAAGAACAGGCCUUCGCCAUCCACUCCCAGGAGAGAAUCAUGGGAUUACUUGGUGCCAUGAUUCCACAAGAUCACAAGAUCUCAUCGGCUGGUGUUACAUAUAACUUCACCACAGAUCAGUUCAUUCAUCUGCUCUUCAAGAUUGCCAAGGGGGAGAGUGGACAUGAAGUCAACACUCGACACCUGGCCAUGGGGCUACUUGGACCACUGCUGACCAAGUGUGCCCCAAAGGUUGCUGAUGAAUCUGUCAAGAACACCCAAGGAGCAAUCACAAAACUGGACAACUACAUUGAGGGUCAGAGGACCAUUCAAUACCUCUUCUCUUUUGGGGCAGACUGUCUAGAAAAGUGUGGACUUGAGUGGGCAUGCUCCGUGGCCCGGAUCCUCCAAAACCUGUACAGUUCCUCGGAUUGGCGGUCAGUUAUCCACCAUCAUCUGACUACGUGUGUACAGUCCUUGACUGCACUGCUAGAUCUACCUUCCAUAUUCGCCCUUUUUGUAAUGGCAGGCUUUCCAGAGGUGCUGACCAUUGGAACACUUGUCCAGUACAAUCAUAUGGAUAUGGAGAAAAAGAAAGGAGUGGUUCUAAAACACUACCCUGACAAGUACCAGACCCUCAUCAUCGACAUCAAGACUCGCAAACGUCAUACGGUACAGGACAAAUUUGUAGACUGCCUUUCAUUAGUGGCUGACACCUGGGAUACAGAUCAUGUGACCUUGUUUAUCAACACAAUCCAGACUAUAGUUAGUAACAUAAGAGCUGAAGAGAAGGUGUUACUGGAGACAGUUUGGGUCCUGUCUCUGUGUCUCAAGGUUCUCAACAACAAUGUCAAGUCUAUGGAGAACUGUAUGGUGGACAGUUUGUUUGAGCCAGGCUUUAUACAGUGUCUGGUGCACCUGGCUAGUAAGGGUACAGAGUUCAGUCAACAGUGGCUCCUAAAGGAUCUGGAGGUACUGUCUCUGAUGUUAUACACAAAUGAAGGAGUAGGUGCUUCACACAAACGCAGCAAGGCCUUAUCCUACCCAGAACAGCUGGCUGCAGCUUUGGAGAAACGCACCAAUCAAAAGCGUGGUUCUGGAGACAAGAACUUUUUAAAUGAUAGUGACAAUGACAACUUGUCAUAUCUUUCAUCAUCUUCAUCAUCAUCGAGCUAUAACAGCGGUGCAGACAGCAGUGAUGACGAGACGGAAACAACAAACAUCAAUGACACUUUUCCUGACCUUGAUCAGAGGACAAAAGUUAUGUUUGAGACACUUCACAGCGACCUGAAGGUGCCGUAUGAUGUCCUGCGUGCCAUAUUUGACAUGCAUGAUAAGAACCCUGAUGAUGUAGUGAAGGCAAUAGUCGAGAACUUAGAAAACUCACCUAUGACUGCCAAAGAAGAUAUCAAACGACUCAGCCAGAAAUGGGAGUCUAUUGCACAUACAAAAAGUCCCGAGGUCACCCAAAUGGCGAGUGUGACAGACAAGGUGAUAGACACUGGAAUACAUUACCACCCAGCCAUGAAGCAGACACCGAGGACAAUAGAGAAAGCAACAGAGGAGAGCGGAGAAACACAGAAACUGAUUCGUGCUCCAGACAAUGAUAUAGAGGACGACAUUCACAAACAACAGCGUACAAAAAGUGCAGAACUACUGAAGCAGGAGCUGGAGAAACAGGGGAAGGCUGGAUCAACAGACUACCUGUACAAAGUCAACAUGGCCAUGUCUGUUUUGUAUGCUCGCCAAGUCCUCAUUAGUCUCCUCGCUCAAUGGCCCGACUCUGGACAUGUCAUCUCGGCACAGUUACUAGGCUGCAAGGAUGUACAGCAGAUACCGUGUGUGCUGGACCUUCUCAACAAGAUGGAGAGCAGAGAAUGCUUCCAGCAGGUCGUAGAGAAGGUGAUACGUAACUGUGAGACUGACAGUCUAGUACCCAUUGCCAGUACAGCCGGACAGUUUAUGGAGGAGGUCACGCUGUCCUCCAUUACCCAUGAAUCUGAACACAACUGUCGACACAUCGCGGAUGUUAAAAAAUCCAUCCAGUUACCUGGGGCCUCUUAUCUCCAGGUGACAUUUGAUAGCAAGUGUGCAGUGCGUGACACCGACGAUGUCUUGGUAGUGUCCUCCUCCUCCAAUAUGGAUGCAAAUAAACAUGAGUUCACUGGCCCUGCAAGUUCUAACUGGACCAACAUGAGAAUUCCAGGUGAUACGCUACACUACUCAUUCAAGAGCAGCAGGGAUUCUCUAGUCCGAGUGCCAUUGUGGGGAUACAAGUUCACUGUGGCUGCCGGCACACGAGACAGCUUCGAAACUGGAUAUGCCAUUCUUAACAGAGUUCUUUCUACAAACUUAGCCCUGGCACUUCCUCUCAGUGACCUGUGGCAGAUCCUGGUGUAUGUUGCCACCAAACAGACUGGUAGUCAGCGGCUCAAGGCUGUCCAGCUUUUACUGAAGAUUGUUGGUACUCAGCACAGAACGGCAAGCAGCUCAAAGUUGACCCUUGACCUCAGCUUGUUGAAGCCAUUAUGGCAGUUAUACAAUCAAAUGACCAAACAGGAAGUGGAUAGUAACAUAGUGCUGCCACCUGUUGUUAGAGCCCUGACAGAACUCUUCCUCCAGGUGGAGUCCCUAGCAAUGGAAUGGGACAUGGUGACGGAGUACUUACUCUCCAUACAGGACAUUGACGAGAUCCGUAAGGUGGUACGACAGGGGAUUAUGAAUGUAGCUGCUGUGAGCCGUAUGAUUGGCUACUACAACUCUGCAGUUGAGCUGGUGACAAUGAUGAAGAAGAAGAAAACAACAACAACAACAUCACACACACCAUUUACUCCGGCCACAACCAAUACAUCCAAUAUCAACAAAGUAAAGGGAGACAACAACCAGGAUGUGGAUUUAUAGUGGCUGUGGUACCAGUUACUAUCGGCAACAACCAGGAUGUGGAUUUAUAGUGGCUGUGGUACCAGUUGCUAUCGACAACAACCAGGAUGUGGAUUUAUAGUGGCUGUGGUACCAGUUGCUAUCGACAACAACCAGGAUGUGGAUUUAUAGUAGCUGUGGUACCAGUUACUAUCGACAACAACCAGGAUGUGGAUUUAUAGUAGCUGUGGUACCAGUUACUAUUGACAACAACCAGGAUGUGGAUUUAUAGUAGCUGUGGUACCAGUUACUAUUGACAACAACCAGGAUGUGGAUUUAUAGUGGCUGUGGUACCAGUUACUAUCGACAACAACCAGGAUGUGGAUUUAUAGUAGCUGUGGUACCAGUUGCUAUCGACAACAACCAGGAUGUGGAUUUAUAGUAGCGUGUCAGCAUUUUCUCUGGCCACAACCAAUACAUCCACUAUCAACAAAGUAAAGGGAGAUAACAACCAGGAUGUGGAUUUAUAAUAGCUGUACAUGUGGCACCAUUUACUCCGGCCACAACAAAUAUAUCCACCAUCUACAAAGUAAAGGGAGACAACUGGAUGUGGAUUGAUGUCAUUGUCAUCAUAUAUAAUUGUCUCCAUGCCUGACAUCUGUUGUGAUAACUAUCAGAUAUUAACCUAGUCCAUUGGAAGUUGGCCUGUUUACUGUUGUGAUGUUAACUUUUGCUUCUCGUACACAAUGUAAUGUUUCCAACCCAAAAUAACUAUAUUACAUGGGGAGAUUAAAACCAACAAUUUUGAAACUGGGAGGCCAUGACCUGCCCUUGGGUAGGAUUGUUCUGUGAUACAUUGUGAUUGUUACGUCACAUGGCAUCUGAUUGUUGUGAUAAAUUAUAUGCAUAUAUUUAUAGUAUAUCAUCAAUAAUUGUUAUAAUUUCAUGCAUCAAGCUAGAGACUCCAUACAUAUUACAGCCAACAGUCUAGAAAAUCUUCAAGAAAGUGCUAAAACCUCAUAUCAAUUAUAGCUCCCAUCCUACACCAAGAUUUAAUCAUGUUAAGAGUUACUGGAUAAGUGAGAAAUCAAUAAAAGGUCUGGUUUCUCACUUAACAAUGUAUUUUAAUCAAAUUAAUUAGAUAAUAUCAAUAACCUUGUAAAGACGUACACACAAGUUCAGGUAAAAUAUGAAACAAGUAGAAGCCAGGCACUGAGAUUAGAAUAUGUGUGUUCUAUCAAACAAUUAAGAAACAAAACAAAAUCGUGAGUUAAAGUACACUCUACUAUAGAAUUAUGCAAUGCAUUUAAUUGAUUCCAUCAGAUUUGAUGUGAAAUUCUUAAACCUGCUCUGAAAGAUACAGUUUGCUAAAAGAACUGAUCAUAUCUCACUUCUUAGUGACAUAUUUAAACUUUUGUCGAUUUUAAAUGUUUGUUGAAGUGAGAGAUAUGUUAUUAACAGGUUCCAUUACAGAAGUGAUCUGAACAUGGUAAAUAGGUAUUGUACAAGAUAUUUGUUUGUUUUUUAUCGAGAGUUUUAAGUAAAUGAAUCCUCAAAUGACAGAACUACCACUUUGUCCUGCGUUUGGUGGAUACAUAUCCUUAACAGAAUAUAUCAUAUAUCAUAGAGAUUUGUACACAAGGUUAUUACUAACUGUAAAUUGUAUUUAUACCUUUUAAAUGUACAAUAAAUUGAUGAAAUGAUGGUUUGCACUC